UUCGGGUUCGGUUCCGGUUCGGUUCCGGUUCGGUUUUCCCCCCUGUGGGGUGGGGGGGAAUGAACGCAGCAGCGCGGUGGGGAUGGCCGCGGCCGUGCACGGAGCGCUGAAAGCCCUCGGCGAGGACUUCUAUCGCGACGCGAUCGAGCACUGUCGUUCCUACAACGCCCGGCUCUGCGCCGAGCGCUCCACGCGGCUGCCGUUCCUGGACGCGCAGACCGGGGUGGCGCAGAGCGACUGUUACAUAUGGAUGGAGCGGACCCAUAGGGGGCCGGGUGAGAGCGCAGCCCUGCCCCACAAGUGGCCUCUGCCCCACAAGUGAUCUCUGCCCCAUAACGGGGCUCUGCUUCAUAAGUGACCUCUGCCCCACAAGUGACCUCUGCCCCACAAGUGCUGCCCCACAAGUGACGUCUGCCCCAUUAAGUGACCUCUGCCCCAUAACAGACCUAUGCCCCAUAAUGGGCCUCUACCCCAUAAUCUCUGCCCCAUAAGUGAUGUCUACCCCAUUAAGUGACCUGUGCCCCAUAACAGACCUGUGCCCCAUAACAGGGCUCUGCCCCAUAAGUGCUGCCCCACAAGUGACCUCUGCCUGACAAGUGACCUCUACCCCACAAGUGCUGCCCCAUAACAGACCUGUGCCCCAUGACGGGCCUCUGCCCCAUAACCUCUGCCCCAUAAGUGACCUCUGCCCCAUAACCCGAGGAUGGGGGAGGGGUCCCAGGGUGGGGAUCCUUGG